AUGACCCAGAACUGCUCGUUUCGCCACCACUCCUCGAGGCCGAUGCCUGACCACUUGACCUCGAGGAGUGAGAUGCAGACGAGGCAGAGGGAAAGAGAUGUCGAGGGACUGGACGAUGAACUGUCCAGUGAAGAGGGAGAGUGCCGGGAGGAAGCAGUAGACGACGAGGAAGAUGGAGGUGAAGGGGUAGAUGCCGACGUUGAGGUAGGCGAUGCGCUGGAGGAACUUGAGUCGGGGGGUGGCGAGGAGGGCGUUGUUGCGGGAGAAGAAGAUCUCGACGGAGCCGGUGGCCCAGCGGAGGACCUGGUGGAGACGGUCGGUGAGGUUGAUGGGAGCAGUGCCGCGGAAGGCGUCGCGGCGCGUGAUGCAGUAGACGGAGCGCCAGCCGCGGUUGUGCAUGCGGUAGCCCGUCACCACGUCCUCGGUGACAGAGCCGUAGAUCCACCCGACGCGAUCGCCCCACUCCGUGUUGUCUUCGUACCUCAAGAAAUGACGGCAAUAGCCUCGGCUGCAGUAGGGGCAUCGAGCGGAGGACGCGGGACGAGCAGCGCACCAGGUGGCCUCCCGUUCUUGACUGAGAAAUGA